UCAAUUGUACUUAAAAAAGUCCACAGUGGUGGUGGAAACGCCGUAGAAUCAACAGAAUCCUAAACUAUUAUUUCGAUUCGGGCAGGCAUGGAGUCCUAAGAUGUUGGGAGCCCGCCGUUACUUCGUUCCCCCGUUCGAGGCGAUACCACCUCGAGGAUUCAUUCGAAAGUCACCUGACGAGUGCGCACUAGUAUCAUUCCGGGCGCGUGACGCCGUAGGUUUCCGUCCGAUCGCCACGCCAGUCCGACGCGCCGCCGUGGCUAGUUCGACCAAAGGACGCCAGUUGCGCUGCUAUCGCGCGCCGAUAAGCGAACACGCGCGCCAAACCGUGAAAGUUUCCUUUGUUGACAGAGUUUUUGAUAGUUUUUUCCCGGUCAUCUCUACCAAUAAAAACAAAAAUAGUUCAGACCAUGCAUGAUGAUACACAAUUCACCCUAAGCCGUAAUAAAGCUACCAUAAUGAUUCCGAACGAAAAACUUGAACAUUGAGAAGAUGUUAUGUGAAUGUUAAACAAGUUCCAAAAUGGCGAUGGUGCUGUCAAGCCAGAGUCGACUGUUGGUCGCUCUGUGCUUGACAAUGCUUGUUUUGGCGGGAGCGUUAGCCAUUGGUUCUGUCACCGGAUGGUUCCAGGGUGACCCUUCGGAUCUGGUUCCGGCUAAACUGCGGCAGG